CAAAAGCAACUGAUGGUGUCGAAGAAGAAGAAUAUAAUCCAUUAUCAUUCUGGGGAAAAAUGCAUUCUACUUAUCCAGUUUUGUCAAAGGUAGCUACUCGUGUGCGUGCUGUGCCAGCUGCAAGUGCGGCCGUGGAAAGAGAGUUCAGUCUUGCUGGUAAUAUCAUCGCAAAAAAACGGUCCAAACUAUCUCCUGAUGCUGUCAAUGACAUAGUUUUCAAUAAUUCUUAUAAGAAAUAUCAUGGGAAACGUGAUCAUACAGAGGAAGGUAAAACACGCUAG